ACCUGUAGAGACUCAAGAACAAGAAACGGAGACUCAGGAGGAGACAGAGCCUGCAAGUAAUGCUCAGAUAGCAGAAAUGAAUAGCAUUAUUAGUGCAAUGGAGGCUGAAGGAAACAAUGAUAUCGAUUUUUGUAAUCAAUGUGGUGGCAGUACAAGUACAAAUGCUGCAGAGAAAAACGAAGAUUCCUCAAGUAGUUCUAAUGAAUCGUUGCCGCAGGAUGAAAAUGGGACUGCGGUGAACGAUUCUGCAGAAAAUAUAACCGCAGUAAAUACAAGUGAGAAUGUUGAUGCAGAAAAUGAUAGUGGAAAUGCAACCGCUGUGGAUGAAGCCAGUGAAAAUGCAACCGCAGAUAAUAUAAUUGCAGAAAGAGAUAGAAGAAAAAUACUCAUCAAGUUAAAGUAUUUGAAUGAUACUUUAAAAGAGGUUGAAGGUAGCCUUGAUGAACUGUUGAAGGAUUUCAAAUGGUAGGUUCUUAAUAAUAAACUUUUUUGAUCACAUUGUGAGCUA